AGGUGAGGGCUGGCACCGCUUCGCGCCCAGGUCGGAGCCCGGAAGCCUCGAGGCCGUGGCGGCAGCGGACGGGCGAUGGAAGGCUCGGAGCUGCGGUGGUGGCUGCCCCUGCUGCUCCUCUUCGUCUUCAGCAUCCCGCCCAACGCCGUGGCCCUGCGGCUGCUGCUGAGUGCCGCGCCGCCUUUCACCUGCUCCCAGCCGGAUUUAAACUGCCUUGUACGAAACAGUACCUGCAUGGAGGUGAGCUGGCUGCAGGUUCGCACAUGGACUCCUUCUGCUCCAAGCAGUCUUCAUGUCUCUUCUGACAUUUUCCGUCAGAUGGAUGGAAAACUGCUGCCUGUGCUUCGGAUAGAAUGGAAGGUGGCCACUGAUGCUAGCAUCCAGUAUCUCCAAGGGGCAGAGCUGGCUGUGAUGCAAGUGAACAGCAAUCGACAGAUCUGUGCCCAGUUUGACUUUCAGAACAACUUGACACUUCAGGUCCGUCCGGAUGGAGGCCGGUGGAAUUUCACUUUUGACCGUUUUGAAGUGGAACCUGGCCAGACUUACCAAGUUACUGUCUACCACCUCCCCAAACUGGGGGUAGUUGGAGACUACAAUUACAAGUCCACGUCUCUCACAGUGCCUGAUUGCAAGGACUCUCUGAUGAAAAGAACCAUCCCAUGUAUAAACACAGGCAGCUUGUGGGAGCCCAGGAUCCAAGGUAAAAGUCUAGAUGAUACAACUCUGCUUGUGAGCUUUAACCCAUGGAUGGAGUCAGCCCGAUACCAAAUUCAUGUGGCCAGUUUCCUGGAUGAGAAGAAGUGUAAAAUGAUCACACGUGAUUUCACUGAGGGUGGACUACAACAGCAAGUGAAUGUCACUAUCAAAAUAGAGAAAAACAUAAGAGCUUGCUGCAACUACAAAAUACAGAUUCAGCCGUUUUUUGCAAACUGUGGCACAGACUGCCUGAGACACUCUGCUUUCAUCCCAUGUUCACCAGCUCCAAGUACAGACCCAUCAGGCGAUAUGAUUAUAUGGCUCUACUGGUGUAUCACUGGGAUCUGUGUGUUACUGGUGGGAUCAGUCAUAGCAGGUGUAAUGUGUAUGACCAAAAAACGAGCAGGACACUGGCGAGGGAAAUGCAACCACAAUAAUUUGCAAACUGCAGCACCAUAUACUGACCUUCCUCUGCCACCACUGAAGCCCCGAAAGGUUUGGAUUGUGUACUCUGCUGAUCACCUGCUGUAUGUGGAUGUGGUGCUGAAGUUUGCUGAGUUUCUGAUGACAGUCUGUGGUACCGCUGUAGCCUUAGAUCUGCUGGAAGAUCAUCAGAUCUCAGAGUUAGGGCCAUUACCCUGGCUUACUCGACAGAAGAAGGAAAUGGAAGAUCUAUCUUCGAAGAUCAUCAUCUUAUGCUCACGAGGCACCCAAGCCAAAUGGCAGGCCAUGCUUGGGAGUGAGCCUGUGUGUCUCAAGCAAGAUCAGCAAAAGCCAAUGGGAGACCUGUUCACCCCAGCCUUGAAUCUGAUCCUCCCAGAUUUCAAGAAGCCAGCUUGUUUUGGAAUGUAUAUCGUCUGCUAUUUUGAGGGGAUAAGUAGUGAGAAAGAUAUACCUGAUCUGUUCAAUGUCACAUCCAGGUACCAACUGAUGAACAAGUUUGAGGAUAUUUAUUUUCGGAUUCAGGAUCUGGAGAAGUUUGAACCUGGGCGCAUCCAUCGAAUCCAGGAAAUCACAGCUGAUAACUACAUUGAUACCCCUAGUGGGAGGAAGUUGAAAGAGGCAGUACAAAAGUUCAAGAAUUGGCAAACUGAGCACCCAGACUGGUUUGAGAGCGAAGCCAUCUGCUUGGAUAAUGAUGAAGAGUCUCUGUCCCUAAACAGAGAGAGCCAGGUGGAUUCCUUGCUAAAUGAACCAGGUGGAAUUGUGAAACACCAGCUGCACCUACGGGAGCCUGACCCUAACUGCUCCUAUGUCAUCAACCUCCACAUGCAUGAAGGUGAAAGUGGAGGCUGUAAGCUGCAACCUCAGCUUAAUCCAUGUGGGGAUAUGACUUCUCAGACUGUCGUCCUUCCUAUGGAUGAGGCUCCUCUAGUUCAGGUAAUGGAGCCGCUCUCUUCCAUGGAAGAUAGAAAUAUACUUGGCCAGCAAGUGCUGAGUAAUGAGGACUGUAUGGAAGGAGUUCCCCUUCUGGAGACAAGCAUUCCAAUGAGGAAUAAUGUCAUCCUCCAUGAUGACUCUGAAGUUUCAGCAAUAGAUGACCAGAGUCCUGCAAACCUCUCUGGUAACUUGAGACACCAUCUGAAUGGACUUAUGUACUCUCUCUAUCAGCAGAGUGUCAUUCCUUCAGAGCCAUUUCUCUGCCAAGAGGAGGCUGACAAACAACACCAGUUGGUCUUUGAUGACCAAUGCAAAGACCAAAGACAGUCAGUGCAGUCAGACCAGGGCUACAUCUCUAGAUGUUCUCCUUUGCCUCCUGAUGACCUUGUGGAGGAGGAGGAAGAAGAAGAGGAAGAGGAGGAUCAGGAAAACCAGGCGGUCUUCCAUGAACUCUCUGCAGAGGUCUUGAACAGUCUGAAGAGCCUCCAGCAGCAGCUGUUUUUCCAGGACAUUCAACGGAGCUCUGACUGGGAGUGUCCAGCUGAGGUGAUUGACAUUAGCCAGUCUUUGGAGGACUGUUAGGCUCUGUCUGGAACCUGCUCCAUUUGAAGUACCAGAAUGGAAUGUGGUACCAUGCAUAGUGUUGAAACUGCAUUUCCAACACCAUCUUUGUUCUCAUAAAUGACUUACUGGUAGGCUCUUCGUGUCUGCUGCUAGGAGACAGGAUUGCCCAGCAGACUGGUAAUGCUGCUUCCAGUAGCUGGAGAGAAGCAACAAAUAUUAGCCACCUCUGUGAAAGAACAGGCAGUAGUUCUGUUCCUUGGGGAAAUGUAUUACAUUGAAUCCUCACUGGUGGAUGGCAGUGGCUCAUCUACUUGUGCCUUCAAAAUGCCCUACAGCUGUGCUGGUUCUAUUGCACUGGAUAAAAGUCAUGGCCAGAGUUUGGAAAAUAGCUUUAGAUAACAUGGCAACAUUUACAUUGCCAUUUUAAUACACAUCUUAAAUAGUUUGUUGUAAAUACUGUGUUAAAGAUGUAUGCCUUAAACUUUAGCUAGGUUAGGGCUGUCUCUACCUGGUUGAUACAUAUAUAUGGAGAUUUUUAGUUUUGCCACUUGUUCAUUUGCAACUGCGUUUCCAUAGCCAUUCAGAAAUCCAAUGCGGUAACUGAGCAGUAAGCAGGAUAAACUUUUAAAUUAGGAGUCUUCAUAACUCUUCCUACCUCCCUACUGGGAGGAAUGUGCCUGAAAACCAGCAAUAGGAGGAAGGGGAGAAAGAGGGGAUAAUGGACCAAAAAUUGGGAUUUGGGCUUCUUAUGCAGUUAUAUAAGA